AUGGACCUGGAAAUGGGUUUGCAGAAGAUUUCUAGAAGGAAACAGAGCCAUUUUUCUCUUGCUCUUGCCAUUGUGUCAGUGUCUGAUUGUUAUCUCUUUAAGGAGUUUCCUUCUCCCCCUGCAAGUUUUAGUCUGAAAAGUUUGAGUGGGGAUGACCCCAACUCCUUGGUGUCAGAGGGUCUGAGGAGCUGGCCCCUAGGUAGGCUUCCUGAAUCAAUCCUCACACAGUACCUCCUAGGUUGGCCUUAUAGUGUGUGGCUUGUGGUUGUGACAGUUUCUGUAUUUCGCUCAAGUGGAAGACGUUCUAUCUGUACAGUUUUAGAUUUUUUUGGGCCUUCACGAAACAAAAAGAGCCAAAAUGCAGCAUUUCAUGGCACGAAAAUAGCUCAGAAGUUAACAGUAGAUUCCACCUUUGAAGGAGCCUUACAAAACCAUUGCCUUUAUCUACAUUUAGCAGGAUUUCUGGAGGAAGAAAUGAUCUCUUUGGUGAGGCUACGUAGGCCCUUCCCCUUCUGCUAUAGAGAGACAGCUUGGUCUGAAACUUCUAGGAUAAUAAAGGCUGCAAAAUACGGUCAGCCCAUUUUAACUUUGUCACAAGAUAUCUGCAGAGACACGGAAGUGAAUUGGUUGAGUCCCAGGAACAACAAGGAAAAACCUUCCCUGCUGCUUUGCUACCACUUAAGAGGCAUCACUAACAUCCCAGAACUAAUUCUCUGACAUCAAGAUGCUGGUGUGGAAGGUUGAUUGCCCUAAUGGUCUGCAUUGAUCAUCCCUCCUUGUAAACAUGCUGCCUGCAAUGCACAGUAUUAGUGCUUCCUAUAAAAAGGUGGAGUCUAUUUCCCCUCUCUGGAAUCUGGGCUGGCCUGUAAUUUGCUUUGGCCAAUAAAAUGCAGCAGAUAAGAAGAUAUGCCCAUUUUGAGCCUGGGCCCCAAGAGCCCUCAUUCAUUCUCUUAGAUCCCAGCCUCCUUCACAAGAAAAAGGCCGAGCUAGCCUGCUGGAUUGAGUAUAUGAAUCAGACAGGAAAUAUCCCAACUGAAUAUUGAGGCUGUACUAGACCCACCAGACCCCAGCUGAACUUCUAGCUAACCGCUGAUUCAUGAAUGAAUCCAACCAAGAUCAGUUAAGUCCCAGAGCAUCGGGAUUAACCAGGUGUACUGUCAACUUGUGAGCAAAAUAAAUGUUUAUUAAUAU